AUGGCUGCUAGAAUCAUUCCGAUCACUAUUCAAAGAGCCACUGAAGCUCCACCACCACCACCACCACAACCACCACAGCAGACCACCACGAUCAUCGACAAGCCUGCUCCUUCAACAACUGCAUCUCCAUCGCCACCACCUGCUUCAAACACAUCCACUACUACCAGCAUCGAUGAGAUGACGACCAAUCCACGGCCUGCAACAAUGGCUCUGAUACGAAAUCGAAGCAUCGAUGAUUUCAAUGAACAGGUUGUGAACAUGCUCGACGAAGUCGAAAAACGAGUCGAGCAGUUGAGAGAGGCCGCAUCCAUGCUUGAGCAGGAAAAGGAGCAGAUUUUGGACAUGCUGAACAGCGUUAGUUUGAACACUGAGCUGUUGCGACUUGGCCAAGGUGAUCGUGAGGAUAUCACUGCAAUUACUAAUCGUCUCGCCGCCAGAACGAAAACUGUUGAUGUGUCUGUUAACACCCCACGAAGUAGCGAACAGGAACGCGCUCUGUCAUCCGUGAACAGCCUUAUCGAGGGAGUUGUGGAAAAAAUGCACGAGGAUAUGCAGGCUGGGAAAGAGGCAUGUCGUCGUUAUCUGAAUGCCUGCAAUCCCGACCAACCUGAUGGCCCAAUCGAUCAGAGAUUUCAAGCUCAGCUAAUUGAAUGUACCGCUGACGACCAAAAGAAGAUUCGCAGAAAACUCACUCAAAUCAUUUCUCAAUUCGAACGUGCUGAGCGUACCUUCACGCCGCAAUGGUAA